AUGGCUGCAAAUCAUCACCACCACAUGCCAAACACUCUAGGGAACAGUUCCCUUAGUUUACAUUCGUCAAACGUCGUCGGCGUACAUUACAGAGUCGGAAAGAAGAUUGGUGAAGGCAGCUUUGGUGUUAUCUUUGAGGGAACAAACCUUCUAAGUAAUCAACAAGUCGCCAUUAAAUUUGAACCUCGCAAAAGUGACGCACCACAACUCCGUGAUGAAUAUAGAACAUAUAAAAUUCUGGCCGGAUGUCCUGGUAUACCGAAUGUCUAUUAUUUCGGACAAGAAGGUCUUCACAAUGUUUUAGCAGUGGACUUACUAGGCCCAAGUUUAGAAGAUUUAUUUGACAUGUGCGGAAGAAAGUUUAGUAUCAAAACGGUUGUCAUGGUAGCUAAACAAAUGCUUACGCGCGUGCAAACAAUUCACGAGAAGAAUCUUAUAUAUCGCGAUAUCAAACCAGAUAAUUUUUUAAUCGGGCGUCCGGGCACAAAAGCUGCAAACGUUGUACACGUAGUCGAUUUCGGUAUGGCAAAACAAUAUAGAGAUCCAAGGACAAAACAACACAUUCCUUAUCGAGAAAGAAAAAGUCUCAGCGGUACGGCAAGAUACAUGAGUAUCAACACUCAUUUAGGUCGAG